CAAAACGCCAAAAAAAUAACAAAAUAGCGAAAAUUAAACAAACGAAAAAAAAAGCUUCCUUCAAUCCGAAACCGUGACUCACCGCCGGCGACGGGGAUCUCGCCGGGGAAAUGAACAUUCCGGCGAAACUCUCUUCUCUUUCUAUGAGCAAUGCACGUCUGUCCUACCAUCGUCGCCAUGUUUUUCACGAAAACCUUGAGCUGCAAAAGUUUUUCACCUCUACUCGCGUAGUCUAGAAGUUAUUCGAUACUUCUUCUCUCAAAAUGGAACUUACAUGAUAGAGUAGUUGUUAGAAAGAGACACGGAUUUUCAGCGGAUUUUUUUUUCUUGGGAUUUUUUCCACUUUUUUUUUUUUUUUGUCAGUCAUGCCUCCGAUGAAGAUCCAACCCAUCGACGUCGAUUCGCAGAAGCUCGCGGUGGUUCGAAACGACCCCGUUAAGCCGGUGUUGAAGUCGCGCCUGAAGAGGCUCUUUGUGUUCGACCGUCAGUUCUCGAAUGUGCUGAAGACUUCGUCCUUCUCGUCGGAGAAACCCGCCGCCGGCGAGGCUCCUCAGUCCAACACCAAAGACGGAGCCGCGGAGUUUGAACCGAGCUCCGUUUGUUUAGACAAAAUGGUGCAGAGUUUCAUGGAAGAGAGUAACGAGAAGCCCGCACCGGCCACCGCGAAAUGCGGCCGCAACCGCUGCAACUGCUUCAACGGCAACAGCAACGACAGCUCCGACGAGGAACUCGAUAUCUUCGGCGAUUCAAUUUCCUCUGGCUCCUUCAGCGACGCCAGUGACGCGCUCAAGAGCUUGAUUCCUUGCGCGAGUGUUGUGGAGAGAAACCUCUUAGCUGACACAUCGAAGAUCGUUGACAAGAACAGCAAGGUUUAUAAGCGAAAAGGCGAUUUGAGAAAGAUCGUCACCGAAAGCCUUUCCUCUCUCGGUUACGAUUCUUCCAUUUGCACAUCGAAAUGGGACAAAACCCCAACCUACCCUGCCGGUGAAUAUGAAUACAUCGAUGUGGUUGUGGAAGGUGAGAGGUUGAUAAUUGAUAUCGAUUUUCGAUCGGAGUUCGAGAUAGCUCGAUCGACGGGAACCUACAAGGCGAUCCUUCAGUCUCUGCCGUUCAUUUUCGUUGGAAAAUCGGAUCGACUCUGCCAGAUCGUCGCCGCCGUGUCGGAGGCGGCCAAGCAGAGCUUGAAGAAGAAAGGGAUGCACGUUCCGCCGUGGAGGAAGGCGGAGUACAUGUUGGCGAAGUGGUUAUCAAGUUCCUGCACUAGGGCGAAUCUAACGUCGUCCUCCGCCGUCAAUGACUCGACGGAGAAUUUGAGCGACGGCGGAGGCGGCGGCUAUGAUGCCGCGGAGAGUGAGUGUGGUGAACUGGAACUGAUCUUCGGCGAAAAAACAUCGCCGCCAAAGCCGGAGACUUUUCCCGGCGUUGAGAAGAGCUUUCCACCGGUCGCGACGCCGACGUGGCAGCCACCGGCGGUGAGAGUGAGGAGUGUUGAGAGAGGGGUUAAGGUGGUCACCGGAUUAGCUUCUCUUCUCAAGGACAAGCCAUAGAAAAAAUUUUGCACUUUCCUUCUUUCUUUUUUCUUUUCUGAAAAAAUCGGUAAUUAAAAUAUAACCAAAAAUAUUAGGAUAAGAACAAGACUUUUUUUUUUUUUGGGUCUUACCGUCUCUGUAAGAAGCAAAAGUAUAUGAGUAUUCCAUGACUCCAUGUAAUAAAAUACCUGAAAGAAAGAGUAAAUAUUUGCAGAAUCUAACUGUGGAAAAAAACACAGUGUUUA